AUGAAACGAAUGAUUUUAUAUUUUUUAAUAAAUCCAACUCACAUACUUUCAAUAUUGACAGUUGCCGAUUCUCUAUUAUUUAUUAAAAUCUUCAUAGCACUUUAAGCCAGAUGUAUUUCUAAAUAUAUAGUUUAAUCUAGAAUUGAUUGCAGUUGAUUUGGAUGUAUCAGAUAAGGCACAGAUAUAAUUCUUUUGUGGGAAAUGUUUAGUUGAGUAAUUAAAUAAUAAUAAGGUGACUACUAUAGAGUAAUCCAAAGAGAGAAUCUAAUAAAUAAAGUCAUAUUAAAAAGAUAUCAAAAUUAAAGAGAAUUAGGCAAGACUCAAUUAUUAUAAAAAUAUUUUAGAUCAAAUUAUGGAUUUCAAAUAAUCAAUUGAUACUUCUUUAGAGAAGAUGUAUAAAUAAAUAUAAUAAUAUUUAUUUCCAAUUUAAAAAGAAAAAUAAGAAUUAUAAGAAUUUGAAUCAUAAUUAAAUUAUUUUGAAGAUCUAAAAUAGUUGUCUGAAUUAUAUUCUUAAGAAUAGCAGUAAUCACCUAAAUUAAUAGAGGAUAAUAAUUUUAUUAAUGAAAUAUAAAGAGAAUUUGAACUCUUAUUCAAUAGUUCUGAAUACUUUUAGACCAUAGACACAUUUAAGAAUACAAAAGAAACUAUUAAAAAUAUUUUGGAAAAUAAUGUAAUUGAAUUGGUUCAUUCAAAUAUAAAAAAAAAUAAUUUUGUAAAUUAUAUUUAUUAUAAAUAGAAAACUCCAAGUUUAAGUAGAAUUUGUAAUAAUCAUAGAAAGGAAAUAAUUAUGAUUAUAUGGAUUCAUAAAAAUAAAAAAUAGAAGAUAGAUUUGCAUGUGUGGAUUGUAUUUAUGAAAAUCCAUAAAUUAAAUAUCAAAAUAUUGAAAAUAUAGAUAAAUAAUGGAAGGAAUACAAUAUGGAAACUGAAAACAUAUUCAAAGUAUAUAAAAAGGAAAGCAAAGAGAAAAAAUGUGAACUAUUUAAUCAAUUAGGACAAAUGAGAAGGAAUAACAAUAAACAAUUGAAUGAAAUAAGUGAAAAAUUGAUUGCUGAAUAAUUCUUAAGCAUUGAUAAAACUAAACAAUCCAAUUAAAUAAAAAAUAUUUCAAUUAAAACAUUAGAUGAUGGAUAAUUGUUGAAGGAUUUAAGGUAAUUAAUUGAAAAAGAAAAAGCAUCAUAAAGUCAAACAAUUACAAACUUAAAAAAUAAAGAUUAGAUUUUCAAAAAAGACAUUUAAUAUCAUUUAGAAUGUUUACAAUAAUAUGAUUAAUAAGAUAUUUAACAAUCAUUGGAAAUAUUGAAAGAAGUUUCAAGUAUCAAAUUUAUUAUACUUUAUAGUUGAAAAAGAUUUAAUUAUUUAAUUAACUGAUAUGAUUUAAGAUAUUUCAAACUGGGCAUAAAAGGAUGAAAACUACAAAAACCAAAUUAAUUUAAUUAAAGAAAUUUAGGAAUUCAUUGAUUAAGCAAAAAAAUAUCAAUGUCAAUUAAAUAAAUUUGAUUAAACAAUUAUGGUUUAUUAACAUCAUGUUUAGAAGAUUGAAUCCAUUCGAUAACACUUAUCAAUAAAAUCAUAAAAUUAAGAUGUGAAAUCAGAAUAAUUAAGAUCUUAAUAUUCAAAAUUAUCAAAUAUAUUGAAUGAAUAUGUGAGUACCUUUCACAAUAAUAGUAUAUAAUUGAAAAAAUAUUGUACGAUUAGAUAAUUGGAGAAUGAUAUAGUAAAAUUAAAAGAAACUAAUACAAAUUUGGAAAUUGAAAGUAAUCAUAUUAAAUUAUAUUCAGAAGAUAAUUUAAUUAAUUCUAUGUAAAAGUCAUUUGAGUAGAAACUCAAUGAAACAAAUAAUUAGUUAGAACAAAAGGAAAUAGAAAAACAAAAGAUAAAAUAAUAAUAUGAAAAAGCUGUUGAAGAUAAUGUAAAUAUGAAAAUGUAAUAUGAAGAAAAUAAAAAGAAAUUUGAAGAUGAAUGUAAUACUUAUUUUGUUAUUUGAUAGAUAAUAAAGUAAAAUAAGAAUUUAAUCUAAAUUUAACUUAAAAAAAUUCAGAAUUACAACAAGCAUUAAUGAAACUUGAUUAAAUUAAUAAAGUCAAGAUAGAAUAGGAAAAUUAACUUAAAAUGGAAAUAUAAAAAGUAUAUUUAUUCUAUUAUUUUGAGAUUCAAUAAUAUAACAAAUCAUUAUCAUUUUCUAAUGCUUAUAAGCAUGUUAGCUGUUAAGUAACUGAAGGUGCUAAAGUAGUGGCAGAAGUAAGUAAUAGUGGUUGGUAUUAUUGUCUUUGUGAUUAAGCAAUUCCAAAGAAUGGUAAGAUAUAAUUUGCAUUCUAAAUCAUUAGUGGAUCAUGCUUUAUGGUUGGAAUUGGAUUUAGAGAGAUUAUGUAGAAAAAUAAUUAUCAGGAAUGAUAUUAAAUUGGGUAUGGGUAUAUAAUUAUAAUAAUAAUAGAACAUAUUUAAUCUCCUAUGCUGGUUAUACUUAUUCACAUCACAACAAGGAUUUAUAUUGUAAAUAAUUAUCAUUUGCAAUUACAACUAGUAAUCUAAUUAUGCAUUCAAAUUUUACUCCUCAACACAUUAUGUUCAGCUGUGGAAAUAAUCUUAUUAAUAGUAAUUCAUUUUUUUUUAAGAGAGAACCCAGUUUAUUAAGAUAUUAUUUUGAAAUUUAAUAAUUAAGAUACCUUCUUUGAGUAUUGGGAUCUAACUCAUAAAUAAUUUGUAGGGCAUAUGUGA